UUCCCUUGCGUUGUCAUUCUCAGCGACAUCUUCCUGCGCAUCGAUUACCACGUCACUGUUGUCAGAAUAUAUCGUUGAUUCUUCUUCUGCGUGAUUAGCGUUCACAAAUGUCUAUUAUCGAGACAGUGUGGCUACAUUUAAUCUGUCGCGAACUACAAAUCUGAACUCUCAAUACAUUAUUGAAUUUAUCUGCUAGCCUGAGCGUGUCGUGUGACAUCUGUUCUUCAAACGGAAGCCAUUGCUUAUUUGUGAUUUAUGUGUGAUACAGAACAAAACGGCUAUUAUCGUCCAUUCACCUCGUUUACUAACGAAGCACAGUAUGUGGACUAAUAGAAAUUAAAACAGUAUGAACUAACUGCAAGAAUGGAGGAUAUAACAAAAUCUUUACUGUCGUUUGAUCCUUUUAACAUCAUCAAAAUCGUUUGUUGACACUUUUAAGAGCACUUGAAUUUUAGAUAAUUUUCUCAUGGCUUUACCAAAUGGAGUCUAUAUUAUCCAAGGAGAGAUCUCCUUGGUUGUCACUGCAAUGCGGAGAACAACAAGAUAUGGCUCCCAUGCAAGACAUCAAGAUGAUGAUGGUGACCAGCUGUUAAGCAGCUUCUCCCAGUUGAAAGACAUUCUAAAUACUGUCACAGAUCUAGAUGAGCUUGAACCCAAUGUAUUCCUGAGCCCAUUCCUUGAUGUCAUCCGAUCUGAAGAUACAACAGGACCCAUCACUGGCUUUGCAUUGUCAUCUGUCAACAAGUUUCUCUCUUAUAACUUGAUAGAUCCCUUAUGUGACACAGCAGGAGCAGCGAUAGAAAAUAUUGCAGAUGCUGUUACACAUGCCCGCUUUGUUGGUACAGAUCCCUCUUCAGACGAAGUCAUCUUGAUGAAAAUCUUGCAUGUGCUGCGAACACUACUCCUGAGCCCUGCUGGUGUUCUUCUUACAAAUGAAUCAGUGUGUGAGAUCAUGCAGUCCUGCUUCCGCAUCUGUUUUGAAAUGCGUCUGAGUGAAUUAUUGCGGAAGUCUGCUGAGAAUACUUUGAUGGACAUGGUUCAGCUGUUGUUUACUCGUCUGCCACAGUUCAAGGAGGAUCCCAAAUGGAGUGCAAACAUGAAAAAGCUCAAGAUGAGGACAGGUAGUGUUGAUCCCUCGCGCAUCAGCAAAAGAAAACGAUCUCCUAAACCACGUUUAAAACGUGGACACCAACAACAGGCGGCUCCUCCUUUCCAUGACUCAAAGCCGGCACCAGUAGCAGCUCCAACAGUGGCAGCAAGUCCAGCAGUUCCAGAACCACCUGAGAUGGUGGCUUCUGACACUUUUGAACAUGUCUCGUGUGAACGACUCGCCACAACUCCAGCUGGUGGGGAUGGAGGGAUUGUUGAUAUCACCAAAAGUUUUGAAGCAGCCAGUCAGGCUCAAGACCAAGUUAAUUCAGGAGAAGCGGUGGUUGUCCAGACAGAAGAGCGAGAACAAGGCCUGGGAAUAAAUGAAUCUGGACAACAAGAAGAGAGAGGGAGUGGAGAGCAGAGUUCCUCACUAACACUUGCAGUGCCCUGCCAAGGAGAGCACCUUAAGAAGGUGAGCAGUGAAGCAGAACUAGGGUCAGAGGCAGAUAGGACAAGCUGCACCUCUGAAGCAGCUGAUGACACUGAUUCCGUCCACUCUGCAGACACUGCUUCCACCUAUGAAAAUGAGUUUGUCAAUCCAAAGGGGGUGCGCUUUUUGCAACAUCAGCAGCAGCAUCAUGUCCGAGAAGGGGUUCCUACGAUUCCAUAUGGCUUGCCAUGCGUCCGAGAACUUUUCCGUUUCCUUAUCUCGCUGACCAAUCCCUUGGAUCGCCACAACACAGAUGUGAUGAUCCACAUGGGACUAAGUCUCCUGACAGUAGCUCUAGAGACGGGGGCAGAUCAUAUCAGCUGCUACAAUUCCCUUCUGUACCUGGUCAAAGAUGAGCUGUGUCGCAGUCUCUCUAUGCUUCUUCAAUCUGAACGCUUGUCCCUGUUUGCAGCAGCACUUAGAGUCAGCUUCUUGCUCUUUGAAGCGAUGCGUUCUCACCUCAAAUUUCAGCUUGAGAUGUACCUGACACGUCUGAGCGAAAUUGUAGUGUCUGAAAGUCCAAAAAUAUUGUAUGAUCAACGAGAAAUUGCUUUGGAGUCCAUUGUGCAGUUGUGGCGCAUACCUGGGUUGGUGACAGAACUCUACCUCAACUAUGACUGUGACUUGUACUGUUCUAACCUUUUUGAGGAUCUAACAAAACUUCUUUCCAAGAAUGCAUUCCCAGUCUCGGGCUUAUUCACCACUCAUUUACUGUCACUGGAUGCCCUGCUGACAGUUGUGGACAGCAUCGACCAGCACUGUCACCACCGCAUCCUUUCAGCCACCAAGACUGCCAGCACAGAGCUUGAUUCUGUCUUGCCUUCAGCACAACAGCCUGAGGGUUCUGAGGGACUAAAUGAACCUGAAGUUGCAGUAAGUUCAGAACCUCUACCUCCAGUCUUAAGGGGUCCUCCAGUUACAGGUUUUGCCAUAGGGCAGCAGCUUCUACAGAAGCAAGAAAUUCAGCCAGACCCAAGCAAAGUAGUGCGUAAAGAACAGAAGCUAGGCCCACAAAUUAAACCUAAUAGAAUGGCCAAGCAAACAGCUAGGAUACCUUCAAAGGAAGAACUGGCAGAACUGAAGCACAGAAAAAAGCUACAUAUGCAAGGCACAGAGCUGUUCAAUGCAAAGCCAGCAAAGGGUAUAGCAUUCCUGCAAGAGCAAGGCUUGCUCUCCACUCCCUUAGAUCCUGGUGAAGUUGUCACUUUUCUGAAAGAGAAUCCCAGGCUGGACAAGAAAAUGAUUGGGGAGUACAUCAGCUGUAAAAAGAACAAAGUUGUUCUGGAAGCUUUUGUCAAGGCCUUCAACUUUGAAGACAUUCGUAUCGAUGAAGCAUUGCGGAUGUACUUGGAAGCAUUCCGGUUACCUGGUGAAGCCCCAGUCAUUUCCUACCUCUUAGAGCACUUUGCUGAACAUUGGCAUAGAAGUAAUGGAGAACCUUUCUUCAACACCGAUGCAGCUUUCACUUUGGCAUAUGCUGUGAUCAUGCUAAAUGUUGACCAGCACAACCACAAUGUCAAGAAACAAAACAUUCCCAUGACUGUGGAGCAAUUCAAAACCAAUGUGUCCAAAGUAAAUGGUGGAAAAGACUUUGAUGAAGAUAUGCUUGAAGAAAUUUUUAAUGCUAUCAGGAGUGAAGAAAUUGUUAUGCCAGCUGAACAUACAGGGCUUGUUAAGGAAAACUAUCUAUGGAAGGUUCUAUUGCGGCGAGGUGCAACAAAAGAAGGCGUGUUUCUUCAUGCUCCCACUGGUGCUUUUGACUCUGAACUUUUUGCACUGAUAUGGGGCCCAACAGUUGCCGCCCUCUCAUUUGUUUUUGACAAGAGUGCAGAUGAGUCUAUCAUACAGAAAGCAGUCUCUGGAUUUAGAAAAUGUGCCAUGAUAUCUGCAUACAACAACAUGAGUGAUGUUUUUGACAACCUCGUCAUUUCUCUUUGUAAAUUCACAUCACUUCUGAACUCUGUGGAGAGCCCUGAGAAUAUUCCAGUGACUUUUGGCAGUAAUUUUAAAGCACAGCUGGCAGGAAGGACUGUCUUUGGGCUUGCUCAUCGUCAUGGUGAUAUUUUGCGAGAAGGAUGGAAGAACAUUCUGGACUGCAUGCUGCAACUGUUCCGUGCUAAGUUGCUACCAACAUCUCUGAUUGAGGUUGAAGACUUUGCACAUCCUUCGGGCAAAGUCUCCAUUGUACGAGAAGAAACUACCACAGUAACAAGAUCUGAGUCAGGAGUGCUCAGUAGCUUUGUGUCCUACUUUUCUCUUUCGGAGUCUUCAUCUUCUAAAGGGCCAUCUGCUGAGGAGCUGGAAGCAAGCAGGCAGGCACAGAGCUGUGUUCAAGACUGCCAUCUAGACUCCUUGAUGGCUGACACCAAGUUCCUCCGGCACGACUCCUUAAAUGAGCUGGUCAAGGCCCUGAUUGCAGCAUGUCAGGGAGUGGAGGAACAGGUGACCCUAGGAGGCCCAUAUGAUGAAGAUGCUUGUGUCUUCUUUCUGGAGCUGCUUGUGAAAGUCGUGCUUCAAAAUAGGGACCGAGUGACAGACAUAUGGAGCACUGUUAGAGAUCACCUUUACUGGGUGUUUGUUCGCUCCCGAGAGCCAGGACUACUUGUGGAAAGGGCUGUGGUGGGACUGCUCAGAAUGGCUGUGCGGCUUCUUCGUCGAGAAGAGAUGGCCAGCCAGGUUUUAGGAGCACUGCGCCUUCUCUUGAUUUUGCCUGGGCCUGUUCUUCACUCAUUGGCUCGUCAAGUCACAUAUGGCCUGCAUGAGCUAUUGCGCACCAAUGCAGCCAACAUCCAUGCUGCUUCAAACUGGAACACCUUAUUCACACUUCUGGAGGUAGCGGGUGCUGGGGCCAGUCCUCCUCCCCUCAUGCAGGUAGAUGCAGAUUUGGAUGUGACUCAAGUGCUGCAUGAUGCAGGGGCACAGAGUGACAGUGAAAUUGGCCCAGAAGGUAGCUCAACAGCCACUGACCGUGGCUAUACUUCUGACAGCGAGCUGUACGAGAGUCCACACCGGCACCUCAACCAGCACCCACAGCGAGCCAGCCCGGAACUGGCACUCAGACCUGUUCCAGACAAUGGAAGCUGGAUGUUGGUGAACCGCGAGGAGUCAUACAAUCACAGAAUGCUGCACGUCAACCAGUACACAAUAGAGCUUCGAGAAGAACUUGUUCGAGGAGAUCGGAAGGCUUUGAUGAAGGCUGCCGAGACACUUGCCUUUUUGGUACGAGAUGCUGCACAUAUCACACCACACAACUUCAAGAGCUGUGUACAUGCUAUACGCAUCUUUGUGGAGGCAAGCAUAAAUGGAGGCCACACCAGAGCACCUCUACGUGCCAGCUCCUUCCAUGAAAGGCGAGGAGGUGGUCAUCCUCACAAGCCACCCCCCAGAAAUCGUCACACCCGAGAGUCUAGGAUGAAAAAAUCGCAGUCCUCACCAACACAGUUAGCCCAGGUGACAACAUCAGAUGAGGACGGAGAAGAGGAAGCUGCUCUGACCAGCUUGCAUUCCCUCUCCAUUCAGCUGCUUGACCUCAUGCACACUUUGCACACUCGUGCAGCCUCCAUCUUUGCAGCCUGGGCCCAAGAGGGAGUGCAUGGAAAUGAUGGGGCUUCUGGCAUAGAACAGCCAAUAGAUGCAGCAACUGGUGCUCUGUGGGCCAACUGUUGGUGUCCCUUGUUGCAAGGAAUAGCUCGUCUAUGUUGUGACACCCGGAAACAAGUUCGAAGUCAGGCACUUACCUAUCUGCAACGAGCUCUUCUUGUUCACGAUCUUCAGAUCCUCUCCGCUGUAGAGUGGGAGGCAUGCUUCAACAAGGUUCUCUUUCCCUUGUUGACAAAGCUGCUGGAAAACAUCAGUCCUCAAGACCCAUCAGGGAUGGAGGAAACACGCAUGAGAGCAUCCACGCUUUUGUGCAAAGUUUUCCUACAACAUCUCAGUCCGCUAUUGUCUUUAUCCACAUUUACUGCAUUGUGGCUUACCAUUCUGGACUUCAUGGAGAAAUACAUGAAAGCAGACAGCAGCGAUCUUUUGUCUGAGGCAAUACCUGAAAAUCUAAAGAACAUGCUGCUUGUGAUGGAUACGGCAGACAUCUUCCAGCCUGAUGUUGGCACAGAAUCACAGCUGUGGCGUCUCACUUGGGAUAAGAUUGAUACCUUUCUUCCUCAUCUUCGAGAUGAAAUCAUCAAGCCUUUUGAACCUGAGCCAAGGCGCAUAGAUCGCUGUGGUAACGGAGAUGAGAUUAGCCAGCAACAGAUUUCUGAAAUAGAAGGCAGUGAACAGAAUCAACAAGAAGCACUAUCUGUCAUCUCCAAGCCUGUGCAAGGUGGUGAUGUUCCACUUGAAGGCAUUACUGUUAUCCCUUCCACAGACAAAGCCUCAGCACCUCCAUCGCUACCACCAGUAACAAUCGAACAGUGUAAUGCUCCUCGGCCCUCCAGCCCUUUACUGACCCAGCCACAAGAGAGACAGCCGGGCCCAUCAUACAUUCUUCACCCACCUCUUCCUGUUGUCACAACCUCUGUUUCUGGGGUUACCCUUCUGUGGCUGGAAGCAUCAGCACGGGUCUGCCAGGCGUUCACAUUCCCCUGCUGCUCAAUCCAGACAUACUUCAGAGUACCCCCAUACCUUACAUCUCACCACAGGCAACUGUGGACAUGGCAGAUAUGCAAGCAAUGGAUGUUCCUCGAUAACAGUUACUCCAAAACUAGGGGGCUGAAUGUAUGCGUGGUUUUAGGUGUGUGUUACGUGUAAAUGACAAAUAAUCAGUAUUUAUUUGAGAACCAAAUUUAAGUCAAGCAGACAAAAUCUGAAUUGUGAAGACCAAGAAUAACUGCAGCUCCUGCAUACCUGACAUUACUUAAGGUUGUCCAACUGUACUUUAGCUCCUACUACUCAGACAUUAUCUGUUGUCUUUUUAUAUCUGUUUACAAUAUAUGAAUCAGAUUGAUUCUUUAUUGGAGCAGAUGUGAUUUUUUUUCUAUAAUCAUAUAUUUUAACCAUUAUGGAUAGGCAAGCGUCUGUGAUGUUUCUCUCUGUCAUGCAUGCAGAUGGAUAAUGACAAUUCAGAGUUCUUGUCAUUUGUGAUUUUAGUUUUACUUUGGCUAGGGCUAGAUAAAUGGGUAAAUCCAUGCUGUCCAUAUUGCUAUUCUGUCAUGGCUGCCUCUUCCUCCUACUCCAUGUCUCUCCCUUGCUGAUCAUUGUCUGUCACAUUUCUGUUGACUGCAAGGUAAAGAGUCCUAUUGUGUAGUGACUGCAGGGAGCAGUGGCCAAUAAAUGAUUCACUCUCUGUAGCAGAACUUGGACCCUUCCACCACCUUGCUGCUGGGUCAGAUACUUUUGUGAUGGGUGGGCUAGUGUAAUUAGCUCUUCAGUUCUAAAGAAAAGAGGUAAAUUCCUGGUGACUGUAUAACCUGUCUUGUAUGCCUUCCUGUCUUUGCUGUCCCACUUGUACAGACAUUGUGUGCCAGCAUUAGUCUAGCAUGUCAUUUCUUGCUAUUCUUGACAUUACAGCUGUCAAUUCUUGUCUUGGAUGCCACUACUUGCUGUUCUCAUGACAUCAAAGUUAUCACUGCUUGCUGUUUUCAUGAUGUCAUAGCUGUCAGUUUCUGACUAGGACAUCAUUCCUUGUUAUUAUCAUGACAUUGUAGCUGUUUAUUGCCCUUCCACCCAGCAGUUCUACCUGUCUCUGUACUGGUUUCCUGGGUUUUCAUCAUUCUUAAAUUCCCUACAGCACUAGUCAAUUCACAGAAACUCUUCUCAUUUUCUCUAGAAAAGUGUAUAUAAGUACUACUUGUCCAAUAUUUGGUGUUUGCUCUCUAAAGUCAGUAAUGUGUUGUGAUCUAAGGAAAGCACUUUUGUGGAUAUUUUUAACAUUUCAAUAUGUCAGAUUUUUCUGUUUGCCUGAGGAUGAGGACUUGCUGUCAGGAACAUAUAUAUGUGGUAAAUAUCAUAGCUUUCAAAGGUUAGUUGUGGCAUAAUAGAGCAAAAAGAGCUUUGCAUGGAAUUACAAAGUGAACGAAAAAUGUCACAUGCAGUACAUCAAGUUUUUUUUUUUAUUUAUAUUGUUGGGUUUUUACCUGAAGUUAAGGUUCCACUUCUGAAAUGAUAUUUAUGGUCAUAGCAGUUGUAAUCCUGUUAAACUAAUGAAGCUGCAGCUAAACCAUUUUGCACCUACCAGCCCAAUAGAUGACAUGGAAAUGACUUGUGAGGAAACCCAGGUAACUCUUUUUGGGAAACACUUAAAGUUAUAUCAUUAAACAGACAUAUUUUAUGUUGCUUGAUGUGGUGUAUAAUUGGUUUAGUGUAGAGAAUGAUAUUGUGGGUGGGUGUUAUAUGACUGCUGCUGCUACUGAAAUCAAAAUUGAAAUGCAACACACUGCUUUUUUUCAGUUCCAUCAAAGAAGUAGUAUUGCUGUAUUUGUCUAUGUGUUUGGUUAUAUAUAUAUGUGUGUAUUCAUUAUCAAGGUCAAGGCCUUCGAAUUUUUGUAGGUUCAUUUUACAUGUAGAAGGAGUUUUCAGUUCUCCUUAAAUCAGACCCACAAUUAAAUUCUAAAGAACUUGUGAGUAGCAUAUCAAACACUAAGACCUGCUCACUUUUCUUUUCAAAUGCUGUACAUGAAGAAAUUAAAAGAAAAUUAUGAUUUGCAAACAUCUUUCUACAGGAUACACUGCAAUUGAGAUCACAAACAAAAAAGUGACUUUUGAGCCGUAAUUCCAUGGGAUCUGUGAUGAACAAUCCAUAUCAUAUACCCUUUCGUCAUGUGGAAUAGGUUAAUCAUACUUCAGCCCAGAAAGGAUCAUGAUUAUAACAUACCAACAAUUCGCAUUUGCAGAAAAUCAUUGUGUUAACUAAUUUUCAGCCUAACUUGAAAGGACUGUGGAACCUAUGAUGGUUACUUUUCAUAUGCAGCUUUGGCUGUACAGCUUGUACAUCAUUUGACGAAUACCCAAUUUGCCAGUAUAUUUCACUAUAGUUAUUUUGUUAUUCACAAAUACUGUAUGCAAACAUUAGUCAUAACUUUACUUAAUGUCUCAACUCAUUGCUGAGCAGUGUAGAAAUUACUAGUGCAAUAGAAAUUUGCUGACGUACCUCAAGUUACUCAGAAACCAGUACCGCUUACUCAUUUAUUUUUUUUUUUUAUGCAGUUUUAUUGACAAAUUUCCAUAGAGGUGCUUUCAAAUGCAAAUAUGCAUGAAAAUAUCAAAGCACAUAGCAAAAAAUUUUAACAAUUUCUUAUAGUCGUAUCCAAAAUAUACAUGAAGUUUCCACCACAAAGUAAAAUAUUGUACAAGUACCGUAAAUUUCAGUUGAUGGAGGGCACUUGUAUAUAAGCCACACUCACAAAACUUUUAAAAAUCUCUAUUUUUUUCACAAAUAAGCCUCACUGGUUUAUAAGCCACAAAUAUACACAACUUGAAAGCUUUCAUCAUAUGCAUCUCGGCCUGAUGAGGAUGGGUGCAUCAACAUGUGAAUGCUUCAAUUGUAUGUGGCUUUAAUUUUAAAAUGUGAACAGUUAACACUUUAACAUAGAGCUCAUUGAAAAAGUCUUGUUCUGUGGUAUUGUGAAUACCUCAUGGUCAUAAUGUAAGAAAUGUGUAUAACUGAUCCUUGAUGGGUUUUUUAUGCAAUAUUUGCCAGUGGUCAUUUAAAUGUUCCCGGAUAAUAACUCUCAUAAAGAUAGAUCAUUUAAACAUUAUUUGAAGACACUUUUUACUAAGGAGAAUGAAUCUAAGCAAUGUCGUGAAAGUCUAUGAUGGCCAGCACGAAUUUCACUCCUAUUUAUUUCUGGAUAAGUAGGAAUAAGGUGAGGGAAAAAUCAUCCAUGUAUGCAAAAUUGUAAGAAUGGUGUGAAAAAAUUAAGGGACUAAUAAAGGACACUAAGGCCUGGGUUACUGCGUGAUGCUGACUUAAAUAUUAAGUGUUAAAUGUUUGAACAGACCAUCUCAGUAACCAUUUCAGGUUUCUUUAAACAAGAUCACAAAGAUAAGAAAUAUGCAUGCAUACACUGGAUGGAAAUUCAUUGAUGGUUGUUAAGGUUGACAUUGUGAAUAAUAACUGUUCUUUAGAAAUACUGUUAUUAUGGUCUGCACUUGAAUUUCUGCAUAAAGAUCUGCAGCUUUUUCAAUGUGUACUUCUUAGAGUAUUUCACUUUUCUAAACAGAAAGAAAUGUAGAGAAAUGACUGGUCUUCGUUUUAUGCAAUUUGUUGUUACACAACAUUUGAACUGCAUUUUUUUUGGAAAAAAAAGUUUCUUGCCAUGCUGUAGGUAGUUGUUUGAGGCUUUCAUAUAAUUUUGCCUUCUGAUCCUGUGGGAUAUUUAUUGAAAAGAUCCUAGGAAAUUUUGACUGUUCAUAUUUAUGACUGUUGCAGAUGAAAGAAUAUUUCAUUUCUGGAAAUUCUUAAAAGAAUUCUUAAAAUGCGAAGUUAAAUCGUACAUUUUCUUGUUGAAAUUGCAUAGUUGAGAUUUGCCCCUUCACCCAAGAAACACAGUUCACUUUUUUUUAAAUGGUACAUGUUGCAUUGAUCAUUAUUUUUGCCUGUACUAGCAGUGCUUGUAGUUUUUAUUCUCAAAUGUUGAAGUGUUAUUUUGUGAAAAUGUUAACACACGACUCUCUCAUGUGAAGUUCUGCGCUGCAGUGAGUUGUUUUUCAUUGUUCUAAAUAGGAGUAUAUCCGAAAAACAAAGUUGAGAAACAGAUCUGUGAUUUUAGGCAGACCAGUUAAAUCAUGUAUUUGUUCAUUAGCUUUGGCACAAUAAACAUCUUUGUGUAAC